GCGUAGGUUCGAUCGCCGUAAGGGGAUGCAAAAGGCCGUACACCUGACGACCUCCAAUAAGGGCGAAACACGUGUCGUGUAGUCUUUGUAUUAUCUGGCAGAUACUCAACCACAUAUCUGUGAUCCACAUCUCGCAACUGAGAGGACGUGGCGAAUGUCUGCCGACUGGCCGACCACCCACAGGUGUUACCUGGUCCUCUGAUACAGUCUUCCUCAAUUUCCUGCAAUCGACUGAUAUGAUUCAAAUCAAGACGUGGCUUGUGAUAUGGGGCCUGCUAUUAUUUUGCUCACUCAGACUGCAAGUCCAAGCAGAAGGAGAACUGGAGAAAUGCUUCAUCGAUCCUGACUAUGAGCAACUACUAGAAAUUGCCAAGACUGGUCUGAAAAAGACAACUUCUCCUAAGCGCAUCAUUGUGGUUGGGGCUGGAAUUUCUGGACUGACUGCAGCAAAACUCCUGGAGGAUGCUGGACAUGUGGUUACAGUGAUUGAAGCAGAUGACCGUGUUGGGGGCCGUGUGCGCACCUACCGGAAUAAGACUGCUGGAUGGUAUGCCAAUCAGGGGGCAAUGAGAAUACCUGCCAGCCACAAGAUUGUGUUAACAUUUGUAAUGAAGUUUGGGUUGAAAUACAUCCCAUUCAUUCAGAACAAUCCCAAUACGUGGUUUUAUGUGAAUGGGGUAAAGAAGCGGAACAAAGAAGUACUGGAAAAUCCCGACAUCCUGGGCUAUGGAGUGAGUGACUGGGAGCGUGGGAAACUGCCAUCGGUGCUUCUGGAAGAGUCCUUUGCCAAGAUUAGAGAAGAUCUAAAGAAAAGUGGUUAUAACUGCAGCAAAGUAAUGGAAGAAUAUGAUUCCUAUUCAGUACAGGAAUAUUUCCUUAGUAAAGGAAAUUUGAGUCAAGAGGCUGUGCGCAUGAUUGGGGACAUGGCUUAUGACACCAGCUUCUUCUUCGUAUCCAUGAUUGAGAAUUUACAGGAUAUCCUUGGGGUGAACUCCACAAAUGAAUGCUUUGAAUUAGAGGGAGGGAUGGAUAAUUUACCCAAAGCCUUCCAAAAAGGUCUCCGUAAAAUCUUGUUGAACUCAAGGGUCUCUAAAAUAAAACAAACACCAGAAGAAGUGACGGUGUUCUAUGCUGAUCCCAAACGGCAAUCUGGCCUGCAGAGUGUCACAGCUGACUACGUGAUCCUUACACCUUCUGCAAAAGCAUUGCUGCUCACAAAGUUUGAACCACCAUUGUCAGUAAAAAAAGUGUCGGCUUUCCACACCAUUCACUACACAGGUGCAACAAAGAUUCACCUUAACUUUAGGGAGAGGUUUUGGGAGGAGGAAGGUAUCUUUGGUGGAAAAUCAAUCACUGAUCUUCCUUCUAGAUUCAUAUACUACCCUAGUCAGAAUGCAUCACACACCAAAGGUGGGGUUCUUCUGGUAUCAUACACAGAAUCUGAUGACUCUGAUAUGUUUUUGGCCCUGAGUGAUGAGGAGUGCAUGAUGAUGGCUUUAGAUGACCUUGUUCAGAUCCACGGAGAGCAUAUUCGACUUCUCUGGGAAGGUGGGGUGGUGAUGAAAUGGAGUUUAUACCCGUACACCCUUGGGGCUUAUGCUGUUUUUACUCCCUAUCAGUACACAAAAUACUCAGCUGUACUUGUCAGCAAUGAAGGCCGGAUCUACUUUGCUGGAGAGCAUGUUCAGCCUAUCCACGCCUGGAUGGAAACAGCAAUGAAGUCUGCAAUACGUGUGGCUAACAACAUCAAUAGCCUGAGCUGAUAAAACACAUACGCAUUGAACUAGAAAUGAUACUUUUUGAAAAAACAAAUCCAUUGAAUAUAAUCAUUCCUUUUUUGUACAUUUUUGAUUAAGAAAAUGAUAUUCUUAAAUGUUUAUAAAAAGUAAAUUGAAUGAAAAUCUGUUAUGUUGAAUGGUAUUAAUAAAAAUAUAAUUUUACCAUA